UUUCAUUAUUGAAUGGCAGGUGCAGCGCAGAUAUAUCUUAUAAGUGCAUCGCUUUGUGUUUGGAUUUUCAUUCCUUUUUCCUAGCUGCUACGUACUUUAACGUAUGCAUCUUCUAUUACCGCAGGUAGCAGUAGUUGCCUAAACUAGUUUAUCUUAGCCAUCAACAUUCAAUGGGUUCUUAUUUAACACGCAGAGAGAUAAGUACACUCGGUGACUUUUGGUUGAAAAUGAAAGAGUUUAUAAUAGUUAGAUUUUUCUACUUGUGCUUGAGUGUUUCAUUUGGAUUAAGCAAUGCAGCCAUUGAUGAAGAUCGUCAAUAUUAUCAACAAUUCAAGUUGGUUUAUAACAAACAUUAUGAAACUAAUACGGAAGAGCGAAAGAGGGAGCGUUUAUUUUUAAAGAAUUUCGCAUUCAUCGAAGAACACAAUCUGAACUAUACAAAAGGACUAACGAACUAUGAAUUGGGAGUCAAUGAAUACGCAGAUUUGAGCGACGAGGAGUUUACAAACAUCAUGAUUGCCAGCGACGAUGGCAUUGAUACGCAAAGUGUUUUUGAGCAAGGCGCCACCUUUAUACCGCCAGCCAAUGUCGAUUUGCCCGAUGCAGUGGAUUGGCGUGAAUUAGGUGCAGUAACGGAAGUUAAAAAACAAGAUCUUUGCAGCUCUGCUUGGGCUUUUACCGCUAUUGGCGCAUUGGAGGGACAAUAUUUUCGCAAAACCUCUAAACUUAUUUCACUUUCAGAGCAAAAUCUAAUAGACUGCACCAUUCCCUACGGUAAUAAGGGCUGUCGAGGUGGCACCAAAGAACGCAGCUUUUUGUAUGUGCGCGACAAUGGAGGUAUUAACUCAGCCGCCGUGUAUCCAUAUCGUGCGCAAUUAGGAGCUGAGUGUUUGUUCGAUGUGUCUGCGAUUGUGGCGAAGAGCAAAGGAUUUGUUAAACUAACGCCAAACGAUGAAAAUGCUCUAAAGGCUGCUGCAGCCACGGUGGGCCCAAUUGCAGUUAAGGUUAAUGCGAAAUGUUUUCGUAAGAAAUUCUAUAGGCAAGGUAUUUUCGAUGAUGAGGCAUGUAAGGAGCGCAAAUCGAAUCACGCGAUGCUUCUUGUGGGCUAUGGACGAGACAAUGUUACUAAUAAAGACUAUUGGAUAUUGAAAAAUUCAUGGGGUCACAGUUGGGGUAUGGAUGGUUAUAUGAAAAUACCGCGGCAUGUCAAUUAUGGAGGUAUCGCAAUGCGUGCGAGUUACCCGUUGAUUUAA